AGGAAAAUGACGCCGCAGCAUAUUUGGAUAAUUUACUACUAUGCGUUUCAUCUAUUCCUCGUGCUUUGCCGUGCGCCUCCAUUGUUAACUUUGAAGACCGAAGCUGUCAAUCUAAAGGUCUGUGGUGAAGGCGUUGUGAGUCCUGACCCCGACGAUUGUGCUAGUUAUUUCCAAUGUUUGGACGGUGCAAUUAUUAAAGAGAAAUGUAGCAGUGGCAGCUACUUUGAUUCCUCUUGGGAUGUAUGCGUGAUAGAUGUGGAUGGCAUCUGUACACCAGCUACAGUUAAUUGUACGGAAGGAGAACUCGAGGUGAACCCUUUUAACUCCUGCGGCUAUUUGAAAUGUUUGAAUGGAAGUAUAACAGAAGUUAAUUGCACAAGUGGAAACUACUUUAAUUCGACUUUAAUGACGUGUACCAUCGAUGAGAAUGGCAUAUGCUCUGCUAUCGAUGAUGAAUGUAUAGAGGGGGAGAUUGAGGAGAAUCCUGAAGAUCCUUGUGGAUACUUCGAGUGCAUCAAUGGAAGUUUUGAAGAUGUGGAUUGCACCAGUGGAACCUACUUUAACUCUUCAUUAAAUAUUUGCCUCAUUGAUGAGAAUGGAAUAUGCUCUGCGAUCGAUGAGAAAUGUAUAGAAGGAGAGAUUGAGGAGAAUCCUGAUGAUCCUUGUGGAUACUUACAAUGUGUGGAUGGCAGCCUUGAGGAAGUGAACUGCACCAGUGGAACCUACUUUAACUCUUCAUUGAAUAUUUGUCUCAUCGAUGAGAAUGGAAUAUGCUCAUUGAAAUGUACGGAAGGAGAGAUUGAGGAGAAUCCUGAUGAUCCUUGUGGAUACUUACAAUGUGUGGAUGGCAGCCUUGAGGAAGUGAACUGCACCAGUGGAACCUACUUUAACUCUUCAUUGAAUAUUUGUCUCAUCGAUGAGAAUGGAAUAUGCUCAUUGAAAUGUACGGAAGGAGAGAUUGAGGAGAAUCCUGAUGAUCCUUGUGGAUACUUACAAUGUGUGGAUGGCAGCCUUGAGGAAGUGAACUGCACCAGUGGAACCUACUUUAACUCUUCAUUGAAUAUUUGUCUUAUCGAUGAGAAUGGAAUAUGCUCAUCGAAAUGUAUGGAAGGAGAGACUGAGGUGAAUCCUGAUGAUCCUUGUGGAUACUUACAAUGUGUGGAUGGCAGCCUUGAGGAAGUGAACUGCACCAGUGGAACCUACUUUAACUCUUCAUUGAAUAUUUGUCUCAUCGAUGAGAGUGGAAUAUGCUCAUUGAAAUGUAUGGAAGGAGAGAUUGAGGAGAAUCCUGAUGAUCCUUGUGGAUACUUACAAUGUGUGGAUGGCAGCCUUGAGGAAGUGAACUGCACCAGUGGAACAUACUUUAACUCCUCUUUGAAUAUUUGUCUUAUCGAUGAGAAUGGAGUAUGCUCAUUGAAAUGUACGGAAGGAGAGAUUGAGGUGAAUCCUGAUGAUCCUUGUGGAUACUUACAAUGUGUGGAUGGCAGCCUUGAGGAAGUGAAUUGCACCAGUGGAACCUACUUUAACUCUUCAUUGAAUAUUUGCCUCAAUGAUGAGAAUGGAGUAUGCUCAUUGAAAUGUACGGAAGGAGAGAUUGAGGUGAAUCCUGAUGAUCCUUGUGGAUACUUACAAUGUGUGGAUGGCAGCCUUGAGGAAGUGAACUGCACCAGUGGAACCUACUUUAACUCUUCAUUGAAUAUUUGUCUCAUCGAUGAGAAUGGAAUAUGCUCAUUGAAAUGUACGGAAGGAGAGAUUGAGGAGAAUCCUGAUGAUCCUUGUGGUUAUUUAAGAUGUAUUAAUGGCAACCUUGAGGAAUUGAAUUGUACCAGUGGAAGUUACUUCAAUAGCAGCAUAAAGGUUUGUCUUAUUGAUGAGAACGGUAUUUGUUCUGCGAUCCCAGAAGAUUGUCGAGAUGGUGAUAUCGAGGAGAAUCCAGAUGAUCUUUGUGGCUAUUUAAUAUGCAAGGACGGUAGCUUUUCUGAAGCAAACUGCACGAGUGGGAGCUACUUUGAUUCUUCAUGGAAAACGUGUAUUAUUGAUGAGAAUGGCAUUUGUUCUUCAAGAAAUCUUGUUGAAGCCUGCAUAGAAGAUGAGAUUGAAUCAGAUCCUGAAGAAUGUGCUGGAUACUUGCAGUGCAUCGAUGGGAAAAGGGUGAGUCAACUUUGUGCUUAUGGCAGUUAUUUUGAUUCAGCUUUAAAGAGCUGCGAGAUCGACUAUGAUAACGUUUGUUUAUCUAAAUCGGAGAUCUGUGAAGAAGGCGAGAGGAAGGAAGACCUAGAUGAUACUACGUGGUAUUUUGAGUGUAUCAACGGGAUUAUGUUGAGCAAAAAUGCCAAGAGGAAAGUUACUUUGAGAGCAGUAUAAAGGGAUGCAUUAUCGAUGAUAAUGGUGUGUACAUUUCUUAGCUAGACUAACAAAAUACAGAAAUAAAAUACUAGAUAAUUAA